GCAUCAUGCAUUCCAGAGAAUAUGUAGGUGCAUAGUUCCGGAACAUGUAGCAGUUCGGUUGACGUCCACUUCGUAUUCAUGCGCCCGGGAACUCGGCAUUUGAUGAGGUGUAAAGGCAUUAAUGCCCUCUAUACUAUACAACCUCUCCGCUUAGGAUUUAACUGUAAUUUCUAGAAACUUAUAUGGUAUUUUGAUUUCAUAUUGCAAUAUAUAAAACAUGAAGUUAACCCUAUCAGUCGCAACUGGCCUUCUUAGCCGCGUGGUGGCACAAGCCUUCUUCCCAGUAGCACUUAAUAGUACGUUCGGGACCUCUGGGGCACGGAAUAUCCGUGUCGACACAGGGACAUACGGGCCACUGGUAGAGGAAUACCACUAUUUUUACGAUCAAUGGCCCAUUGGACUCGCUGUAUCUAAGAAUGGGCGAGUUUUCACCUGCUAUACGCGAGGGACGUACGCAUACACCUUGGGUGAAGUCGUUAAUGAGACCGCCGAGGUGGCGUACCCCAACUUGGAACUGAAUACACCCCCUCAAGGACUUUCCGCUGUUAGCAACGGCAUCACAUUCGGCAGCAACGAUGAGAGUCACUUUAUCAGCGUGCAAGCUCUGUACGUGACCCCUGAUGACACACUCUGGGUGCUCGACACUGGACGCCCUACUAUCACCCAAGAGGAGAAGAUUAGCACGCCAUACGCCGCACCGGGUGGCCCGAAGCUGGUAGCUAUAGACUUAACUACGAAUAGCAUCAGAAAGACAUAUACCCUACCUCCGACGGUUCAUUAUCCAGACUCUUACAUGAAUGACCUGCGGUUUGACCUUCGGUCUAAUGUCACUCAGUCGGGAGGCGGCAUCGUGUAUAUCGUAGACAGCAGUAACGAAGGGAGAACGGGGUUCAUCAUGAUCGACCUCGCGACAGGGGAGAGCUGGAGGCAGUUGAAUCAACACCCCAGUACUCAGGUUAUACCUGAAGUCGUUCCCAGUUACAAUGGUAUUCCGUUUUAUCUACGCCAACAUGGAUAUCCGCUCGGGUUCCAAGAAGAAGGUCUCGACGGGGCUGAGUUAGAUAAAUACGGAGAGGUCAUGUACUACUCUGCGCUCACUACAGAUUAUCUAUACGCGAUAGAGACCCGGUAUCUACGGGCAAACCCGAAUAGCGACCCGAUCGCUAAUAAGAAUGCCUUCGACAACGUCAAGAAUUUAGGACAGAGGGGCGGAAACGCUAAUGGGUUCACUGGAGAUAGCCUCGGUAACGUGUAUAUGCUAAUGCCGGAGCAUAAUGCAAUAUUUAUAUACAAUUACACGACUCAAUUAACAGUACCGUAUGUUAGAGACCCUCGUAUUGUCUGGCCAGACAGCGCCAACGUGGGUUGGGAUGGAUACCUCUACGUUACAAUUAACCAGCUGCCGUACCAACCAAACUGGAACAAUGGAGUGGAUAGAAGAGUCUAUCCGGGGUUAAUACUGCGGUCAAAGCUCCCCGAUGGUGCCAGCAAGAAUACACUAUUAAUGUAAUCCAUGAGCGUAGUUGGUAAUUGGCCUUUCUUUCAUUAUAAUCAUACACGUUCUUCUAAUAUCCGCGAAGAACAACAACUGUACACUUUGACGAUAUUAAGGCAUUAAUUUGUGCUUCCGCGUCCUCCCUGUCCACUCCCCGGACCAUGUGUUAGACCCUGACAUGAACCACCACUAGCAUUUAAUCCUUUCAGUCCUGCGCCGUGUUCGUGUUCGGGCAGCUCUGCAGUCUUAUCCGCUCGUGCAACAUGAGGGUCCUUCUCGUUGCCGGCACCGUGGAUGAUGUUGUGAUCGGUCUCAGGCGAGAGAUCUUGAGCGUUGUGGGCUCGACCGCUUCCGUCUCGAGGCAUAUUGAUUUAGGGAUAUGUUUGACUUAGUAGUGUGAUAAUUGUAGUGUAGGUAGUCUUGUUUCCUGUCUGAAUAUAAAAGAACUUACACCUAUGUAGCUUGGGCUUGGGUAUUUAAGUUUAACGGCGACAAUAUCCCU